GCGUCGUUUCUUUCCGAUUCCCGUAAACAAGAAUCUUCAUCGCUCCAAGCUCAGAUUUCUUCGGGUUUUUACUACAGAUCGGAUCAAAGAAGAAAUGCCACUCUCUCUGGUUCAAACCACUUCACUCUCCUACUCCUGCUUCCCAUCCCAAUCUAUACCUAAUUUCUCCAAUUUCGUCAAACCCUCUCAUUAUCUUCUCCAGAAAUCACUCCUUCCUGGAUUUGGAGCAGAUCCCAGGAUAACCCUUCACAGAUUUCUUCUUCUGACGAGGAAAUCCAAGAAAAUUUCCGAUGGGUCUGUUCGUGCUUCUCUGCUCGAGAGCCCUGUCUUGUGGGCUGGUCGGAUUUGCGUCUUCUAUGCCCUUUUGAAAGCUGGGUUGGCUGGGUCCAAGUCCAACCCAAUCGUUUCUGGGUUGGAAACUGGUGGUAUUAGUGUUGAAGAUGAUGGUGAUUUAGGUUUCUCCAAGUGGCUCGAGAAUAUACGGGGCAAACCAGAGAGGGACGCGGCCGAUAAGAGGAAACUCGUGAGCAAAUGGCACCCGACGACAAAGGGAACACUCAGAAGGAACUAUAGGAUUCCGUCCAAAUCCGAGGGAAAACGUCUUCUCAAAGCCAUUGCUUCCCUUCUCUCGGACGAUGACCACUUCAGAGAUGCUACUUCCCACAAGGGAUGCCAAAUCCGGAGGGAGAGCGCACAUGGGGAGAGCGUAUGUUGCAACAACGUGAGAGCUCUUUUUGACGAGCUUCCAACACCACAUUUGAUCGUAGAGAUCACACCGUUCCCAGCCGGCCCGUUAACGGAAAACGAUUACGUUAAGGCCGAGAAGCUCGAGAGGGUACUUAGGUCAGGCCCCAACAUUUGAAGCUACCUGUUCAAAGAGUUUGAGCUUUAACUGUUGUCCUGUGUUUUAAUAAUCAUGGAUAUGUACAUAAUGCACGUUCCGUUUUUAUGACAGACCUUUCUCUCAAAGUCUCCAUGUCGUCAAAGUGUUAGUCUCUGAUACUUACUCUUUUUAAGGUUUUGAAAUUUAAUCCCAAAAACA